UGCUGUCGCUUUGCAAACUCACGUGCUCCUGCCACGAUCGAUGUGAUGACCGCCCCAGCAGCAGCAGCAGCGGAAGCCGCGGGCGCGAUGAGCCUGCUUGUGGCGCCAGUGACCGUGAAGGAGUUCUUUGACAAGUACUGGGAGAAGCAAGUGCUGCACGUGUCUGACAGUGUCGUGUUUCCACCCAUGGAGCACGAGAGCACCAAACGGACCAAGAAAAACAAAAAGGACAAGAAGAAGAAGGACAAAAAGGACAAGAAGAAGAAGGACGAGACGAAGAACACGCACAGUAACAAAGGCAACAACAGCAAGGGCAACAAGGACACGAAACAACAGGAUGGGCACGAUCUCGGGGCGUUUCAGCAAGCUGAGGACACACAGGAGCCGAGGGUUGACGUUGUGGAUCGCAAGGAGCUGCUGUCGCGUCUCUUCUCCUUGGAGUACCUGGAGCAGAUCAUCAACAACGAGGAGGUCCACUAUGGCGAGGACCUCAACGUGUGCCGCUGUGUGGACGGCAAGAAGCAGAGCCUCAACCCAACAGGCAAGCGGAGCAAUGGCAAGGGCCAAAGCGAUGCGGCUGCGAACGCAGACGAUGUCGCUGACGACGAGGACGACGACGACGAAGGCGAUGAUGAUGACGGUGAGGAUGGCGACGAGGACGAGCUUGUUCGCGUCAAGUGGGCUGAAGUGGAUGCUGCAUUGAAAGAUGGCUGCACCAUCCAGUUCCACCAGCCACAGCGGUUCAUGCUGGAGCUGCAGGAUGUCAUGACCACGCUCGAGUCCACGUUUGGCUGCCUUGUCGGUGCCAACGUCUACAUCACCCCGCCAAACUCACAGGGCCUGGCACCACACCACGACGACAUUGAGGCGUUUGUGCUGCAGGUGGAGGGAAGCAAGCACUGGAAGCUGUACAACCCUGUCGAGCAGCUCGCCUCGUCAUACAGCCCCGAUCUGCCACGCACCGCCAUUGGCGAUCCCAUAUACGACGGCAUCAUCAACGCCGGGGAUGUGCUGUACUUCCCACGUGGGCAGGUACACGAAGCACAGACAACCGACACCCUCUCCAUACACGUCACCAUCAGCACGUACCAGCGCUGGACAUAUGGUCACCUCCUGCAGAAGGCCCUGCCGUCCUGCCUCGAAGGUGCGUUGUCGCGUGUGCUCGAUCUGCGACGGGGGCUGCCACUCGAUCUCCUCAAAUCGUCUGGCUUCGCUCUCAGUCCGCCCCUCAAUCCGGCUCUCAAGGACACGCUGCGGGCGCUGCUGCAGCGUGACGACGUGUUGGAGGCGAUUAUGUCCGGAAUGCCGCGCGCAAUUGACGCAUUUGCAAUGGAUUUCAUGACGCACAGGCUACCCAACAGGCCCGUCAACCCACCCAUGAUGGUGGAGGGCGGUGAUGGUGGCGAGGACGUGACAAUGAUGAGGAUGAUGAUGGGUGAGGAGGAAGACAAGGAUGAAGAAGAGUGGAAGGGGAGAGACAAAACGGAUGAUGAGGGGACUGAGGGUGAUGCUGCUGAGAGGCAAAACAAGAGCACGCGGCGCAACAACAAGCGUCGCAAUGACCAACAGCAACACGGCAGUGGUAAUGAUGAUGACGAUGAUGAUGAUGAGGGUGAUGAUGAGGGUGAUGAUGAGGACGAGGAUGAUGAGGGCGAUGAUGAGGACGAGGGCGAUGAUGAGAUGACGAUGGAGGAGAUGAUGGCGAUGGCAGGUGACGAUGAGUUGUCGACUGUCCUGUCUGACCCGAGCGUGCGUGUGCGUCUGACGGAUUUGAACUGCUGCCGCCUAGUUGACGGCGUUGACGAAUCCAUGCAAGCGGAUGGAAUUGACCCGCGGAAGUUUGUGCUGUUUGUGCACAGCAACAACAACAGCGCAGACACGCACAUGAUGGGCUACGACUCGGAGGACGAAGACGACGAAGGCGGUGAUGGCGAGUGGAGCGCUGCACUCGCUGAUGCUGCUGCUGACGAUGAUGAUGAUGAUGAUGACGAUGACGAUGACGAUGAUGAUGAUGAUGAUGAGGAGGAGGAGGAGGAGGAGGAGGAGGAAGUGGCCGUGGUGGUGGCGACGAAGAAAAGCAGCAGGAAGAGCAAGGGCGCCAAACGCAAAGCAGCAGCAACAACAACAGCAACAACAACAUCAACUCGUGACGACGACGGUGACGACGAUGGUGAGGACGAAGAAGGGGAGGAGCCCGCUCGCAAGCGCGCAGCUGUCGUUGACGGCGCAGACGGAAGUGGACAACAGAAGAAGCAGAGCAUGAAGCAGCAACAGCAGCAAGAGCAGCAGAAGCAGCAACAGGCAGGGUGCUGUGAUGGCGACGAGUGCUGCGUUGCUCCAGGAUCGCGCCGUGCUGACGACGACGACGACGAUGGGGAGGGCAUAAUGGCGUGUGCAGACGCAUGCCAAGCCGCCUGCUGUGGUGACGGUGGUGAUCAAGAUGGCGACGAGGAUGGGAUGUUGCCGGCGCCCCGCAUCGUCCCCGUUCCCCGCACGGCGGUGCCCGUCUAUCGCGCGCUCGUCUCCGCACAUCCGCACGCCGUCAGCGUUGCCAAUCUCCUAAACGCGUUUGAAGAAGGACUCACGGAGGACCAUGAUGCAAGCAAGCGUGGUGGCAGCGCGAAGGAUGAUGAUAACGAUGAUGAUGAAGACGAUGAUGAUGAGAUGAUGGUUGGUGGUGUUGUUGUUCCCGGAUUCCUGCGCAUUUUGAUGGACGCCAUGGUGGCCGAAAUUGAGGAUGACGAGGGCGAUGAGGACGAUGAGGACGAUGAGGACGAGCAGUAGUUCAGUUGCUGACACGUGAGAGUGCGCGUGGCAGUGCGUGUGAAUGUGUGUGUGCAUGUGUGAUUGAUCGAUUGCCGCUUCGGCUGUGUGAGUAUGCGCGUGUGCACAUGUGGGUGUCGCAGUGGUCCACAAUCACACGAGAGCCGGCUUUGGUUGCUCGAUGUUGCUGGCUUGUAUUGGAGGGUUGGCGUGUAACAAUAGAUUGAAUACAAGAAAUGGCAU